ACUAUGACGUUAAAAAAAAUGGCUGCCCCCAUGAAACGAUAAAGUAUACGGUGUGCUUGCGUUCAAAAUGAGCUGUUUUCACUCGAAACAGCUAAUCCUACCGUCCAGAGCAGCGUUACUCGGACGACGUAUCCAACAUGUAAUAAGGAAGCAGCUUCUUUGCUCUCAAAACAAGGACCACACCCCGCUAUCAUUCGAUGGAAUCCUUUCUCAGAGGAGAAGGGAAUCAGCUGCAAGCAUUCUUGUAGAAGUCGAAAGUCGACACAAAAUCACGGAGCUUUGUCAGGAAUGUUCACGGUACGGAAACAUUCAGAAGGCAUACUACUACGCGGAUAACUCCCACAAAUGUCAAGUGCUUCUAGAAUUCAGCAGCUCGGACGAGGUGCAAGAGCUCUUAGAAAAUUGUGGUCACCUGUCAUCUGAUGGCUUCCCUGUGCGGACAAGACUAUUGAAAUUUGCGCAGAAGAAAGGAAUGAGACCACUCAAGAAAUCUUUCUCUGUUACUAUAGAAGCAUCUUCAAAUGUUACACCUCAGACUAAAGCAAUCAAAUUGAUUCAAAGCAGUACGAUUGCAGAUCAGAUGGCACACUUUUAUGAGAUGGAAAAGCUAAGUGACCUGGAGACACGGCUUGGCUUUGUAGUCUGCAGACAAGUUGAAGAGUUUAUAAGUGGAUUAUAUCCAAAAGGGCAGGUCUUGCCAUUUGGCUCCCUUGUCAAUGGUUUUGGGAGGCAUAACUGUGACAUUGAUAUGGUCUACUGUGUUCCAGAAGCCAGGGAACCAAGUGGGCAGCUCUACUUCCAAGACAAGAACCAGGCGAUCAAUGAUCGGACAUUGGUGCAGCGAAUACUUGAAACGCUUGGAGACCUGCUCCAUUAUGUCGUGCCUGGUGUGUCUGAGGUGCAGCGCAUCCUCAGAGCCCGUGUGCCUAUUGUCAAGUUCCAGCACAACGUUGUGGGCAGAGAGUGCGACCUCACCCUGAACAACAUGUCUGGAGUACACAUGUCCCGGCUGCUUCACUCGUGCACCCAGCUGGCACCUGCCCUCUGCCCACUGCUGUUCACAGUUCGGAGCUGGGCAAUGGCCCAGGGUGUCACCACCAAAGUGCCUGGCACGUGGAUCACAAACUUUCAGUUGACACUGUUGGCUAUUUUCCAUCUGCAGCAGUGCGGCCUCCUACCAUCGUUUAGAGACCUUGAAGACAAGAAGCGCCUCAAGACAUGGCAAAAGUCAAGGUUACCGGACGAGAAGGGUGGAACAUUCGAAGACAUAUUGAGGAGCUUCUUUGAGUACUACGCAUCAUUCAACUUCAAGAGCAAAGGCAUUGCACCAUUCUCAGGACAGACCUUGGAGAAGCCAGAGUAUACUGCCAUGUUUGUGCAAAAUCCACUUGACCGGCAGCUGAAUGCCAGUCGCAAUGUCGGUUUGAGUGACCUUAAAAAGCUGCAAGGCCGCAUGGCUGAAGCCCUCUCACUCAUGGACAAUGCACCUCGCAAAAUCACAGUGGAAAAGCCAUGGGGCAUCAUGGCAUUGUUCACUGCCCAGACAGCUGCUGCCAGGAAGCAGCAAGAGUCAAUGCACAGACGUUUUCAAGUGCAUGAACUCUUCCAGGAAAGCAAGGAAGCAGGAGAAAAUUAUGUGAUAGAAGCCACUGUGACAGGCGUUAAGACUGCAAGCUAAUGCCUUGUGAAGGGUUGAAAGCUUUGAAUGCAGUUUUUAUUUGUGCAAAGGAACCAUCUACAGCUGAAAAAAAUUUUCUGUGCAGUAAAAGCUGUGUAAGAAGUCUAGGUACAAUAAUAUAUAUAUAUGUGCAUAUGAGGUAGUAAUUUCCAUCACAUUUGAUGUGUGUGCUUUUCAAAGGCCAUUUCUGACGUGGCUAAGCAAUACUUGCCUUCUUUGUCCAGAGAACCUGUGAAGGCAGCUUCUUAUGCGUCACUUUUGGCACUCAAGUGGUGAACAGUGGUAGAACAAGAAAUUAUGUUAGAACCAACGUUUUUACAAGGGUCUUGUCGAAAUGUUGGCUUCAGUGACAUUCCUUGUUCUACCACUGUUCAUCACUUCAAGCCUCCAUCUUUCCGCAAACUUUUCUCUUAUUUGGAUUUUGGCAUAGUGGAAUAAAAUGAACACUCGCCAAGA